GGGGUAGCGGCGGCGGUGGUAGGAGCUCGCAGCUCCCUCAGAACCGCUUCUCGGCGCUCAGCGCUGGCGACGCAGGCAGAGAGGAUGAGGAGAAGCUGCUAGAAGGCAUAAUCAAAGACAUGGAAAUUUGGGAAUCAUCAGGACAAUGGAUGUUCUCCUGUUAUGCACCUAUGAAAGAAAAGCCUAAUAUCUCAGGUUUUCCAGACUUCUCACCAGAAGAAUUGCAUCUUGAGUACUAUAACUGUAGAGCAAACAGUAAUGUUCAGAAUUACAUAAAUUCAGUCCAGCAGUUCAUAAGCCAAUGGAGAAAUAGAUUGCUUGAGCUGAAGACACUAAAUGCAUCAACCAAAUCAGCAUUGUUAUCUGAAUUGAAGAAUGUGGUUAGUGCGCCACUGCCUUCAUUUGGAUUUGGUGGACAGCAAACAUCAAGCUUUGGGUCAUCAAACUUUACCAUACAAAGCAGCAGCAUUAGCAGUCCUAACAAUUUCUCCUUUAAGUCGAAUUCUGUUAGUGCAUCAUCUGGAAGCACUCCAGCAUUUGGGAGCCCUUCUACAGUUCAGGGUCCUUCAGCAUUUGGUGUGACAUCAUCUUCUAGUACACCAUAUUCUGUUGCCUUUGGCAGCCAGCCAACUAUAUCUGCAGCUUCUUUUUCAUUUAGAAACCCCCCUGAAACUACUGGUGGUUUUGGAACGUCUGGAUUUUCAGGAUUUGGCAGUUCCUCUACUGUAAACUCCUCUAGCACGACCUCAGUUCCAUCCUUUGGAGCUGUUAAUACAGCUGUAGCUGCUCGUACCUCAGACACGGGUAACACUUUAUUUGGACAAUCUUUCAGUGCCUUUGGACAUAGUGUUACAUCAGCACCUUCUGUCAUCACAAGCAGCGGUACCUCAGAAAAAUUAUUUACAUCAAAGACUGAUCUAUCAGCUGAAGAGUUAAAGCAGUUUGAAGCAAAGAAGUUUACACUGGGAAAGAUUCCUCUUAAGCCACCCCCAACAGAGCUUUUAACCAUUUGACAUCCACAUAUCCAGUUGGCAAAUCUUGAAAUAAAGGACCAACUUUACAGAAUGAUUAUAAUCGUAAAAAGCUGACAUUUUCCUUAAGCAAUUCUAAAUAUUGAUGUUUGGCACUGAAUUGAAAUGCUUUCAUGUGAAUUUAAAUGUCCCCUGUAAGUUGUUUUAGCAUGUAGAAUCGCAACUAUGUUUCAGUGUUCCUUGUUUUGUUUUGGAAUGAGUUGACUUAACUUUUACUGGAAUCUACAUUCUUGGUUUAGGUAUAACUGCUUAAAGAAAGGCACAUUGUUUUCCUUAAAAAAUAGCAGUAUACUAUUUCUCUUUUAUUACCCAGACAGAAUAAACAUAACAUCAAUGGCU